AUGGGCCAUAAUACAAACAAUUUACUAGAAGUAUCAAUAAGAGUUUUUAAGGAUUUGGUACUACAAAGAUGUAAGGCUUUCAACACAGUAUCCUUAGUAGAAUUCAUCUCUUUAUCACUGGAGGACUUCUACAAAGAAAAAUUGUUGCGUUAUGCUAGCUCCAGGGAUAACAAAUUGUUAAUUUAUUUUACUAAAUUUUGCAAAAAAUCGGUUGAUCUUCGUGUUGUGAAAGUGUCAGCUGCAAAUGAGACAUUUUCGUACCAAGUCAAUACAAAGUUGGAAGUGUGUGACUGUCCAGAAGGGGCAGGAGGGAAAUUUUGCAAGCAUCUGUUCGCUGUAUAUAAUACUGGUGUGCAGAUGCACAACGUUUGUAAUAUUUUUUUACAAGACAAAAUAGAACUUGCUACGUUAACACUUGGAAAUACUAUCAGUAUAGUGCCAAUUUCUUCAAAGAUGGAUAAAGAAAAAGAUAACGAAAUUACUGUAGAUUUUGGCGAACCCAUGAUGUUGGAAACGGAAGAUGGCCUUAAUGAGACGACUCCUGAUGAAGAAAAUAAUUUUUCGGUUGAAGUGAACGAAACUAAAACUGAUGGAUCAGUCGAACUCAAAGAAUUCAAGGACAACUUGAAAAAGAUUAGCAGCUUCGUGGAAUCUCAUCCAGCACAAUUGUCUAUUGUGACGAAGUUCAAUAAGCAGAUGAAGAAAAUGGACAGCGAAGCUUCGUUCUAUGCUCUAUGUUCCUCGUUUACUAGUCAGAAAAAGUCUCACAGAAUUAAUGUUCAACCUACCUCUAUUGCUAGAAGAACAUCUGCUUACAGAGGUGGGUCUUUCGGACUGAAAGAAUUCACGAAACUUCGCUACCAAUUUUCCAAAGUAUCAGCAGUGAGGCCAGAUGAAAUGGAGAAACAUGGAAUAGACAUGAAAAAGGCAGGAGAAGUGACUAUAGAAACUGAAUUCGAGAAAGUGAAAGAUUUGAACAUUGAUAAUUGGGAGCAAGUACGAGGACCCAGACCAUGGGAAGAAAAAAUAUGA